AUGAGUCACCCUCUUAUUCUUCCGGAGUUACUUGAAAAUAUAUUCAGUUUCUUGGCUAAGGAUAAAGCACUCUAUCCAGCAUUAUUUGUCAAUAGACUUUGGUAUCACUGCAGUGCCCCGAUUCUAUGGAGACACAUUGAGUUUUCUAUAGAAGGUUAUCAGCAGAAUCGGUAUAGUAAAGAUACAUCUGGAUCUCUUUAUUGGCAAUUAAGAAAGUUUAAAAGAGUUAUGUGCAGAAAGACAAAACCUCCAUAUUGCUCAAAGAUGGUAUAUCUCAAAUUGGUGGGUUUAAAAAUCUCAGAUGAAUUACUCAGUACAAUUCUGCAUUCAUGUCCAGAUAUAAACUUUCUCAUCCUUGAUCGAAGUCAUGGUUUUAGUAAUAUACCAAUUAUAGAAAUUGCAAAAUAUUGUCCGAAGCUACUACAUCUGAGUCUUGAUGCGUGUACAGCUAUUACUGAUAGAUGUGUUAGUGAAAUAGCACAAUCUUGUCCAAAUUUAAAAUACAUAAGUCUCGCUUCUUUGUAUAGAGAUAGUAACAUUUCCAGUGUAUCUGUGAUUGAAAUGGCACGAUCUUGUUCCAAUCUAGUAUAUUUAAAUCUCAAUGGACAACCUUCUAUUAAUGAUGAAUCAAUUUGUGCAAUUGCACGCUCAUGUGUAAAUCUUCAACACCUGGAUUUGUCAUUUAAUGAAAUAAUUACAGAUGAAGCUAUAUGCACAAUUGCAACUGGCUGUCCAGAUAUACGAAAUUAUUUUCUCGAAGGCUGUGAAUGGAUUACUAACAAAUCAAUCAAAAAAAUUGCAGAUUUAAAUAAAAACCUACAAAAUAUUAGUCUUAUUUCAUGUUAUAAAAUUACGGAUGAUGCUGUAUGUAAUAUAGUUCAUUCAUGUUCAGACAUUCAGAAUCUUAGUUUUUAA